GCUGUUUUUGACGGACGAGGUAGUUUUUUUUUUCUUUCUUUCCUUCUUUUUAACAAGUGACGGUGGCUUAAUUGGCCAAGUUGAUUGAUGGACCAAUCAAGAGUUUUAAUGAGCCAACCGAGUUCGCGAGGAUCUCGCAAUGUGAUGCUGUAUGCUAAUCGAGCGUGAUGUCAUCUCCGCCCGUUUUAUCUGCGCCAUUUGGAUAGGGCAGUUUCUCGGCUGCAUGUGUAUUGUCUGUCAGAGUGAAGAAUGGGCAUAACGCCGUCUGCUGCCAGGCUCUCGUAGGCAGACCCGAGGCUAUCUACUGGAAAGAGCUGCUCCCAACAAUAGGACAUGUGUCCGCCAUCACCACUCAGGGCAACGGAGCUUUUCAUUUUCUAAGAGGCUCGUCGGCUUUCUGGUCCCGUUUCCCGACCGCAGGGAAGAGGAUAUCCGAGGGGGAGUCCGCUUCGGAGGCUCAACCGACGGCCGGGUGGAUUCGUUCUCCCCCGCGAAGAUAGUGGUCACCUGAAAGGAAACCUCACCCGAGCAGGGGGGGGGGGAGGAGACGGCGAAAGUGUCCACACGUCGCCGUUCCGAGGUGACACAUUUCACUCAGACGGGAGCCCUGGAUGUGAAAAGCAGGUGUGCAGAAUGUUCCAGCUCCCCGUCAACAACCUGGGCAGUCUGCGGAAAGCAAGGAAAAAUGUCAAGAGGGUCUUAGGAGACAUCGGCUUGGAGUUCUGCAGGGACCACCUGGAGGACUAUAAAGACUUUAUUCCUCCAGAGGUGUACAUAAAGCACACUAACUGGGAGGAUGUGUGCAUGUGGGAACCGUCGCAUACCAAAGUCCAGGACUACAGAUCGAAGCCCUUCUGUUGCACUGGCUGCCUCUUUUCCUCCAAGUACUUCUCCGCGUACAAGAGCCAUUUCCGCAACGUCCACAGCGAGGACUUCGAGAACAACAUUCUUCUCAACUGCCCCUACUGCACUUACAAUGGCAACAAAAAGACUCUGGAAACGCACAUCAAACUGUUCCACAUGCCCAACAGCACCAUGCGGCAGGGCCCCGGCGGGAUGGUGGCGGGAGCCGGCGGGCUCCUGAUGAAGGACGGGGUGCUGAAAAGGGCCGGGGACAGCGUGGAACAGGCGGUGUACUACUGCAAGAAGUGCACCUACAGGGACCCUUUGUACAACGUGGUGCGAAAGCACAUCUACCGGGAACACUUCCAGCAAGUAGCCCAGCCCUAUAUUGUGAAGCCGGGGGAGAAGACUCAGAACGGGGGAUCGGCGGGAGCCACAGACGGCAAUAACACAAACAAUGUCAACAGCAACCAGAUCCACUGCAAGAAGUGUCUGUUUGUCCCGAGGACCUACGAGGCGCUGGUCCAACAUGUCAUCGAGGACCACGAGAGGAUCGGCUACCAGGUGACCGCCAUGAUUGGGCACACGAGCGUGAUUGUCCCCCGUCCCAAACCCGUGAUCAUGAUCCCCCCCAAAACCCAGGGGGACAAGACCAUCAUCGGCAUGGGCCCGAAAGGCGCGGUGAUGGCCACCACCAGGUCCCCCGGCUCGCAGCAGCUGGGCCGGGUCAUCGUCUCCUCAAAGACGGGCUUCAGCGCGCAAAGUUUUCUGUCCGGGAUGAAACACGACGGGAUCCGGUUAAAGGCCGGCACCACCCAGUCGUUCUCCAUCGGCGGGCAGCAGGUGAGGGUGACCUUACCCGGGAACGCCCAGGUUUCGGUGCCCCAGCAGUCGCACGCGGCCAAGCAGCUGGUCUCGGCCGGCGGCCUGCGGAGCGCGGUCUCGGUCAGCGCCUCCUCUUCGCUCAAGUCCAACACGCUGGGCUCCCGCGUCCAGGCGGCCGCGACCACGGUGGCCUCCGUCACGGCCAAGAAAGGGGGGUCCUCGAUCCUCGGCACGUCCUACACCCAGAAGUGGAAGAUCUGCACCAUCUGCAACGAGCUCUUCCCAGAGAACGUCUACAGCGCCCACUUUGAGAAGGAGCACAAAGCGGAGAAGGUGCCCGCGGUCGCCAACUACAUCAUGAAGAUCCACAACUUCACCAGCAAGUGUCUGUACUGCAACCGCUAUCUGCCCAGCGACACGCUGCUCAACCACAUGCUGAUCCACGGCCUGUCCUGCCCCCACUGCCGCGCCACCUUCAACGACGUCGAGAAGAUGGUGGCCCACAUGCGGCUGUCGCACCCGGACGAGAGCGUGGGCCCGCGCACGGAUUCCCCCCUGACCUUCGACCUCACCCUGCAGCAGGGCAAUCCCAAGAACGUUCAGCUGAUCGUCACGACGUACAACAUGAGGGACGCGCCGGAGGAGUCGGUGGCGUUUCACGCUCAGAACAACACCUCGCCGUCGGCGGCGUUGGCUGCCUCCCUAAUAUCCGGCAAGAGGCUGGUGCCGCCGCAUCUGGCCAAAGCGCCGUCGGGGGCUGCCGACUGUGCGCCGGCUAAGAGUGCCCCGCAGGCGUCGCUGCCCUACAAGAAGGACGUGGGCAAGACGCUGUGUCCUCUUUGCUUCUCCAUCCUCAAGGGCCCGAUCUCGGACUCACUGGCCCACCACCUGAGAGAGCGGCACCAGGUGAUCCAGACCGUCCACCCCGUGGAAAAGAAACUGACCUACAAGUGCAUUCACUGCUUGGGGGUUUACACGAGCAACAUGACGGCCUCCACCAUAACGUUGCACCUGGUGCACUGUCGCGGUGUGGGGAAGUCCCAGAACGGCCAGGAGAGUCGGGCCGCUCAUUCUUCUCGGAUCAUCCCGGCCCAGAGCAGCGCUCUCAAGCGCGCCGGCUUUGACAGCUCGGACACUAGCGCGCCGAAACGCAGGAGGCCGCCCGGAGAACGGGCCUACCCGCGCGACAGCAACGGUCCGUCCGCGUUUGUAGAAAAUCCCGACGAGGCGGUCGUUCUGGCUCUUGACCCCAAAGGACAAGAGAAUGAGUCGUACGAGUCCAGGAAGGCUUUUCUAACGCAGUAUUUCAAUCAGGCGCCGUAUCCCAGUCGGCGGGAGGUGGAGAAGCUGGCCGCCAGUCUGUGGCUGUGGAAGUCGGACAUCUCCAGCCACUUUGGCAACAAAAGGAGGAAAUGCAUGCAGGAGUGCGAGACGCAGAGCGCCAGCGUGCUGCUGGGCUUCAGCAUGCACGAGCUGAGCAAAGUCAGUCACGAGCUGGCAUUCGUCCAGGACGGCGCAUACCAGGGCGGGCAGAACAAGAGGCGGACGUCCAGGACGCGCCUCGGGCUGUCGGAGCGGGCGCUCCGAAAACACAGGGAGCUCGUGGCGGCCAACGGCGGCGUGGCGCCGCCACAGAGGGGAAAGCCGCCGGGGACGUUGGUCAGUUGUAAAGCGCCGCCAUCAGUCCCCAAACCCAACAGUGCCAGCGGAGAGCCAACCAAGACAAUCAACAGCACCUUACCACAGAAAAUACCUCUAGAUCUUUCAGAGCCCAUCGCCAUUGACUCUGACAGUGACGAGAAUGAGAAGGAUAACGAGGAGCUAGAGGGGGAGUUGCAUCUCCAUGGCAACCAACUGCUUGCUGGAGCCGAGGACGGAACGGAGCCGGGGACAGAGGGUAAGAGCGUCUCAAAUCUAGACGAUACGUCGGAGGACGAUGAUGACGACGACGACGACGACGACGAUGAUGAAGAUGACGAGGAUGACGAGGAAGAGGCACAUGUGGAGAAUGGCUUUGGGCCCUCAGGGGACGCAGAAAGGCCGGCUGCUAAAGAAAGAGACCCUCAUCCCAUCAUUAUUCCCAAAUUUGUACCAUCAUCUGCAAGAAGCAGAAGAGAAGUGGCCCAGCUGGGCAAGCAGCAGGUGUGACUGACACCCCCCUCCCUUCCCGCCAAAAGACAGUCAGACACUUGAGACAUCUGAACAGAGACAAGGAGAGAACUCCAAACAAGCCAUCCAGUGACUUUUAAAGGCGGGACUCAACGAGCAGCUACGGUCGAUGUAAAGUUUUAACGUGUCCCGGGUGGGAAGGGGAGGUGCGAAGGCAACUGAACAAAUAGACUUUCUCUUCUUUCUUUGCCUCCUGUAUUCUUUAUUACAUUGAGAUAACGACUUAUUGAUGUUGAUUUUGCCACUGAACUAAAUGUGGCUCAAAAUAUUGCGUUGUCGUGUGGUAAAGCUUUUUAAGCUGACCAGAGAAUCCACCUUUUUUUUCCAUGUAGUUCUAUCCGAGACGGGUAGUGUAAAUUUGUACAGUCUUUUAGACUUGUUUGGACAGACGUUGAAGUUCACGUACGCUUAAAUAUUUGCUAUUACCUGUAUGUAAGGUAGCCUCAUAUGUUCUACAUCGGUAUGCUUAACAAUAGUUGUCGCUUUGGUGGCUGGUAUUUUCCUGUACGUUUAAGUUUAUUUUUUAACGAAUACCUAGUUUUUUUGCAAAAUAAUAUAUCUAUAUAUAAAUAACAGAAUUGAUUUGUUUUUGCUUUAAACCGGAUUAGAUUUUAUUUUUGUAAUUUCAUUUUUUCUUAAACGGAUUUGUGUUGGAGAAGAAUGGCGGUGCUGUUCUUCUUCUCUUCUCGUUUGCAGCCUCGUGCUCUACUCUUCUCGCUUUCUGUUGUCACAGUUUUAACUCUUUGACGUUUCUUUGUCCUCACAAGACUGGACAGGAUACAAAGCAUACAGACAAGUUGUUUUUUUUCCUUUUCUUUUUUCCAAAAAAAAGAGUUCAAUUUGAAUUGUGUGUAUUUGUUUUAUGUUUUCAUUUUCCACCUAAGCAUUUAAUGAACAAUAAAGUGCUGUAAUUGUGCUUCUCACGGAA